CAGGAGCUGCUGCACACGGGCGCCAGAGCCAGCGAGGUGUCAAGUGCAGCUCGGACGCACGGACCUGGCCGAUUUGCAUUUUACCCUUUUCUUCCAUCUGCACCCAGUUGUCUUCAGCAUGGCAGAACAGAACCACUCUCCUAGAAAGGAACUUCAGCACAGGACACGAGCAGAGUCUCCAGGAAAGAAAAGCUGGCAUUCCCAGGCCUAUGCCCUUGGGGCCAUUUCCAACUUUAUGUCUACUUUUCUGACUUUCCCUAUCUAUAAGGUUGUGUUCCGUCAACAGAUACAUGCUAUGGUGGUGUCAGAGGCUGUGCGACAGCUUUUGCAUGAAGGCCCUCAAUACUUCUACCGGGGAAUAUACCCACCUCUUCUCUCCAAGACAUUGCAAGGGACUCUACUGUUCGGGACUUAUGAUAGCCUGCUGUGUUCUCUCUCCCCUAUUGGGCCACACUCACUGGGACACCGCUGGGCUGCAGGGCUCAUGUCUGGUGUGGUGGAGGCUGUGGCACUGAGCCCCUUUGAAAGGGUGCAAAAUGUGCUCCAGGAUGGUCGCAAGCAAGCUCGCUUCCCCAGCACCUUCAGCAUUCUCAAGGAAUUCAACUCUUAUGGGCUUUGGGGGCGGCUGUCACUGGGCUACUAUCGUGGUUUCUGGCCUGUCCUUCUCAGGAACAGCCUGGGGAGUGCUCUGUAUUUUUCCUUCAAAGACCCCAUCCAGGAUGGCUUGGCAGAGCAAGGCCUGCCCCAUUGGGUUCCUGCCUUAGUGUCUGGGAGUAUCAAUGGAACAAUCACCUGCCUAGUUCUGUAUCCUUUGAUUGUGCUGGUGGCUAAUAUGCAGUCCCAUAUUGGCUGGCAAAGAAUGCCAAGCCUAUGGGCCUCUGCCCAGGACGUGUGGGACACUCGGGGCCGAAAGGUGUUCCUCAUCUACCGUGGAGGCUCCCUGGUCAUCCUAAGGUCCAGCGUGACAUGGGGCCUCACUACUGCUAUCCAUGACUUCCUGCAGAGGAGAUAUCAUUCCAGGAAAGAGCUGAAAGACUGACUAACUGUACAAAGUGUGGCCAUGGCAACUUUGUUAUCCUAAGCCUUCCCAGUUGGUCUAAAUAGCUUAUAUCUUUGGCUUGGUUACCUAAUGCAACAACUGUUUAGCAUCUUUGAACUGCGAGUACAUGGGAGAAAUUGUCAACCACCAGCCUGUUGGGCAAAGACAAAGCCCAACAGGAUUCCUUGGCCAGAAAAAAGAAAGUCACCCCAGUCCAUCCACAGCUUCAACAGCCUCAGACCCAGGAGGCCCUUAAAAAAGCUUGUGACCCAGUUGAAAUGUCACUCCUUUAAAGAAUUCCUUGACAAUAAGAGUAAAACUUUAAAAGAUGACUUUAGUUAGGCACUGUGAGUUCUGGGACCCCUCCAGUUGUCCUUUGGACUAAACUUAGUGGAGGACCAGAUACUCCAAUUUCAAAGAACUAUGUUUGACUUAGGAUGCAGAUUCCAUAGAACAUCUCAGAUGACUGCAUUUUCAUGAUAUUGUUGACUACCCCUGCCACCAUCACUCUCACUUCUCAGGGCUGUAGGUUCUUCUUUCAGUCAGGCUGGCAUUUGUGGCUGGAAAUCCUAAAUUAGGCUUGCCUCAACUGAUCAGAUGUCAUAAGAACUGAUGGGGCUGGAUAUAGGGGUGGGAAGAAGUAUUGUCACUUAUGUCGCUAGAUGGAAGGAAUAGACUUUGAGGGAAGAGAUUUAGUUCAUGAGAAAAAUUUACUAUAGAUUGCUUGUUAUUAUCUGCCAGUAUAUUUUUGAUAGCAGGGCAAUAACACUGCCUAGAAACCACUUGAGUUUCCCUAAUAAAUCUGGAAGUGAAAUGACCAUAUCUCUUCACAAAUAAUUGCAUAUUUUAUUGUGUGGAUAAAUACAGUUACAGUGACAUAAAGAUCAGAAAUCUUAGCCUGUAGUUCAAAGCUAUUCAAAAUAUGGUCUCCAUAUAACUUGCAGCAUUUUAUCACACCACUACCACUUACAUGCAUCCCUUAAAACCAGCCAAACUGGACUAUUGUUCUCUCCCCCAAAAUGCCAUGAACUUUCCCAUGGCAGUGCUUUGGCCCACACUAUUUCUCCACCUGCAGUAUCUGUUCCCCACAUGCUAGUCUGCCAAAACCCUUCCAGUUCCUCAAAGCCUAGCUCACAUGCCAGCUUCUCUGUGGAGACUCUUCUGAUUUCCCAUAACUGAAUGUUACAUUAGUCUCUAGUGAUGCCCCUUUCCAAUAAUACUUCAUACAUGGCACUGAUUCCAUUAUGUCACUGAUCUCAUGGUGCCCUGUGUUCUUCUUGAUGUUCUUUAAUACCUCCUACUAGACUGUAAAACUCCUUGAAAGCAGGAAUUCUUGUAUGCAUUUUAAAAUCUCCCAUUGUGCCUAGGUGCUCAAUAAUGUUGGCUGAAUUACUGAAUUGAUUGUCAAGCUGUGAUAUGAUCUUUAUCCUCAGGGUGCUGUCCCUUGUACAUGAAAAUGAUGUUAGUGACUCACUGUCAGCAAGACACAUACCUUUGAGGUGUGAUUUUGUUUUCUUUUAUUAGUGGAUUUAGUUUUGUGCUAAUGAUAAUGCUGCUGCUGAUAAUAAUA